CUGGGGGCGCGUUCCACACAGCCCCGCCCGGCCCGCGCUUUCAUCUGGGUGGGGGUGGGGAGAGGUCGGAGUCCCGGGCCUGUGCGGAUGAGCCGAGCUGCUUUUUAAAACCGGCACAUGGUAGAUCUUAUGCGCACCUUUGUUUUCCGCAACUCCAAGCAAACGUACACAGGAAUCCCCAUUAUGGUGGCAAACAUGGACACUGUGGGCACAUUUGAAAUGGCAAAGGAGAUGACUAAACAUGCAAUGUUCACUGCUAUUCACAAGCAUUAUUCCCUGGAAGAAUGGAAACUGUUUGCAGCCAGUCACCCAGAAUGCCUUGAGCAUGUUGCAGUGAGCUCAGGCAGCGGGAAGGCUGACUUGGACAGGCUGACAAGUAUCCUGGAGGCCAUUCCUCUUAUCAAGUACAUCUGCCUGGAUGUUGCCAAUGGAUACUCAGAGCACUUUGUAGAAUUUGUGAAAACUGUCCAUGCCAAGUUCCCAAAUCACACCAUCAUGGCAGGUAAUGUGGUGACAGGAGAGAUGGUGGAGGAACUUAUUCUUUCUGGAGCAGAUAUUAUUAAAGUGGGUAUUGGACCUGGUUCUGUGUGCACUACCCGGAUUAAGACAGGUGUGGGCUACCCUCAGCUGAGUGCUGUUAUUGAGUGUGCAGACUCUGCCCAUGGCCUGAAGGGGCAUAUUAUUUCUGAUGGAGGUUGUAGCUGUCCAGGAGAUGUCGCCAAAGCGUUUGGAGCUGGUGCUGAUUUUGUCAUGCUUGGAGGAAUGUUUGCAGGCCACGAUCAAUGUGCUGGUGAGGUUCUAGAAAAAAAUGGCAAGAAGGUGAAACUGUUCUACGGGAUGAGCUCUGAUAUGGCCAUGAAGAAGCACGCAGGAGGAGUGGCUGAAUACAGGGCUUCGGAGGGCAGAACUGUGGAAGUGCCUUACAGAGGGGAUGUGGAAACCACCAUCCUCGAUAUCCUCGGGGGGCUGCGAUCCACCUGCACCUAUGUGGGGGCCGCCAAGCUCAAAGAGCUGAGCAGGAGAGCAACGUUUAUCCGGGUCACCCAGCAGCACAGCCAGGUGUUUUCUUAACCAAAGACUUGGACCUGCAAAACGUGUCUGCUGCCUCUCCGCACUUCCUCUGUGUUUUGUUUUUGAGCUUCAUGGGGCCAAACCCCUCAGGCUGUGGAAGCAGGUGGGUCAGUUGUUGCUGGCGACAGGGUUAAGCAGAAGGAAAUGCCAUCAAACUUGGUGCCAUGUAGAAUUCUUUUGGUUCAAGAUACAAUAGCCUCACCUUUUAAAGUCACAUUUGUUUUAAAUCUAUUUGUUCACCUUUAAUUUUUUCCUCUGACCAAGAAACCUUCAUUUUCAGUGAAUUAGCCUCCUCAGACAUCUGUCACUGUUACCAAGUUUUAAAACCUUCCCACAAUCUCUGGCUAGCAUUGCUCCAGCACUGUCAGCUCUAGGAACUGGAGGCUGAGAGGGAAAAAGGUUUAGUAAGUUGAUCUGUAUAACCAAAGAUCAAAGCCAUACUUUUUGACCUUUCAAAUGGCAGAAGUUUAGAGCUAUACUGUCAGGAUGCUGGCCCACAGACUAAACAGGAGCAAUGGCAGAAUGACCCAAGGUUGUUGCUGCGCUUUUACUGUGAUGUUAAAAAUGCUGGAGCUAUAUCAAGGGCAUUUCAUAUGCCUUUUAAGGCCUUUUUUAUUUAAAUCCAUGUAUUAAUGGACUUACCUUUCUAUAGAUGUUGGCUUUAUAAUGCAGCGAGUGCUUCCUCCUCCUACCCAGAACAUUUAACAGUGUAAUGACUGUUGGUGGGUGCAAUCCUCAGAUUUUCAGGGGUCCUGUUUUUAACAUAAUCUCUGAAUAUGAAGCUGUAGACACCCAGCAACACUCAACGUGGGACAGCCUGAUUGUGCAUAGAUUUGCACUUUGCAUAAUUAUUUCAGCCGACACAGAGCGACUACAAAUGAGAGAUUUUAAAAAUGUAACCAUGUAACUGCUAAAAAUCCUAGUAGUUACACAUGCUGUGGCAGGUUCUAUGGUAUAAAGCUUACAUAUAAGCUUUAUGCUGCAGAACCUGCAGUGCAGCCUGCUCCCCAGGAGUGGGGCUGGCAGCUGGGGGCCUGAAGUGAAGCCAGCUUCCUGGGAGCGGGGCCAGCAGCUCCUGCCAGCCCUGCUCCCAUGAAGCCAGCAUGUUAAACGUAACAAAUUGAUAAGCUGAUGCUUAUUGGUCAACUGUUUAAACAGUUACACUUUUACAUCCCUAUUACAAAUACACGCUCACUUUGCCUAGGUGUAGAAAUGAUUACACAUGGAGCUAGGUGUGGUCAGUCAGGCCAAAGGGGUCAAAUCCAUCCCUUUGUUACUCUGGCGCAACUUUUUAAAGUCACAGGUAUAGCUGAGAGCAAAAUGCAGCCUGUAAUAGAGACCAGCUGAAGACUUGCUGCAAGAAGCCAGUUGUCUGAUCUUGAGUUAAAGAAGUUGCUAUGAAGGCAAUAAUGAAUAUUUUAGACUCUGGGCAACACUUUAAUAAACUAAUGACAGACUAAUGAAUAGAUAGAUAAAUCACAGUGAUAUUUCUUUGGAAGUGCAUGUUAAAGUGCCAGGAAUACCAUAGUAAUUAAUUACGAUAAAUGUUAUUAGUGUGUAUACCAAUGAAUUAAUGACUUCCCCCUUACUUUAAUGUGUGUUACUGAGCUAUCUGUACAGAUCUUCAGAGUCUUUUCACCCCUUCAUUGGAAAGAUAUAGACUUUGGCAUGCAAAACUGUGACCUCUGAGAAGAGGGAUGGGCAGGAAAGCAAAUGGAAUUAUUCUAGUAUUCUUUGUUGUUUAGCAAAGCUAAAGGAGGAUCAAUCCAAUGGAACAUGUUAAGUAAGAAAUUUAGUCCUCAAAUCAGUCACCGAUGGUUAGGAUUAUGCAUAAUGGGAAAAGCAUAGGUGAUCCUUCAUCUGAAUGGCAGAAGACAGAGGGUUUACAAUAAAAUGUUAAAUGUUCUCCAUUGAACAUUGUGGACCUGAUUCCCCAUUACAAUAAGACUCUAGUCUGGUAUUCUGGUAUUAUCCCGGCUUUAAAGAGGGCAUAGGUUACAUUUACAUUGCCAGAGUGGUGUGAGGACACCUAAGUGUAAAAGAGAACCAGGCUCCUAGGCCCUGCUAAUUAACUUUUCUUCUGAAGCUGGAAUUUAUGUCAUGAACUCUAAAAAGGCAGCCAAAUGGUUUACUGAAAAUAAGUUUUAAAAAUAUUCUUGUCCAAAGUCUGCUGUCAGUUAAGCUGAUGCAAACCCAGAGUAACUCCGCUAAAAUCUAUGAGGUUACUUAGACUGUACAUGGGUAUAGCUAAGUGUAGAAUGGCUUCCUUCUCCUGCACCUGCCACAUACCCCUAAGAAUAGUGUAUUUGUAUACAGGUAUAUCAAAACUACUUCAAGGAAUGAGGUUAUACUAAAUUUAUACUCAUACCACUGGUGCAUUUCCAUACUUGUGCCUUCAUACUGCAAAAGUGUGGCUGUCCCGUAGAUGCUUCCAGGUUGAAGGGUGCUAUUGGUUUUAUAGGUUGUUUAGGAUAUGUUUACAAAUGAAAUGAAAUAAUGUAUUACAUUUUUAAAAAUCUAUGCACAUUUAAAAAACAGUUCUUUGACACUUUGGAAUUCCUUUUCCACAGUGAAAACUCUUUGAUUUUCCAUUGCCAUGGCCGUUAUGGAGUCAGUUACUCCUGUGCAAACAGUAUGUAAAAUUCAGCCAUGUGGACUUGGUGACAUUGUAUAUCCACUUUGCACAGGUGUGACAGACUACAUAAGGGUCAUCACACCAGUAAACAAUGAGGUGCUAUAGGGUACAUACCCCCUGCAGCUGGAAGGUGCGAUGUCCAGCAUGGUUAAACACUUAUACUAGCUCAGCUUGAAACUGUGAGCUAAAGAUACCUGUGUGGCUAUAGCCACCCAAGCUUAGAACCAGGGAUUUGGGUGGGCUUGGAGUCUGGGGGCUAGUCCAUGCUGCCACAUCCACUCGGCUAUGUGUAGUGUACUAGCUCAGCCAGGCUAUGUCUACACUGGCAGGUUCUUGUGCAUGAACACGUCCACACUGCCCGCCUGCUCUUGCGCAGGAAGUUUUACAGUAAAGCGUGGUAAGAGAGGGCUUGUUGCGCAAGAGCUAUGCUCUUUUCUAACAAGUGUAAAAAAAGAAUAGUGUAAGUGUAACAAGAAUUCUUGUGCAAGAGGUCAGUGUGGUUCUGCAGCAGGGGUUUCUUGCGCAAGAGAGCGUCCACACUGCCAUGGAUGCUCUUGUGCAAAAGCACAUGGCAGUGUGGACGUGUUCUUGUGCAAGAGUUCUUGCACAAGUGCCAGUAUAGACAUAGCCCCAGUGUUCCCGCUAAGCUGCAGGGCAACACAGCUUCACAGGUGAUUAAUUAACCCUGCCCAGUCAGCUCCGUGCACGGAGCCCUGAGCCUUGUGCAGCUUAGUGGGAACACUGGCUCCCGCUAAGCUAGCACAAAUCUUUCUGCCCGCAGUAGAACUCAUGCCACCCAGCUGCAGAGCAGACAUACCCAUAGCUUUAAGAACCUGGUUAUAUGUGGUGCUGGGACAAAAGAAGCCAUCACAGUGAUAUUGCAUUAUGUUUAAUAGCUUGGUAACCAGCAGCUGUUUUGAAGGAAAGGGAAACAAGGCAAAGAAGGCAGCCAGCUGUGUAGAGCAGUUUAACUGGCUGAGGCCCACCCUAUGUGGUUCAAGUGGGUGUUUCUUCAGAGGACCUCUUCAGUCAGAUGGCUCCUUUUGCAAUGCCCCUUGUACAGAUACGGAGGUCUAUAGCCCACACAUUUGAAAGGGGAACAAAGAGAUUGGCCUGAGGCUAACUCAGGUCCAAGUCUGGUGAGGUGACAAGUGCCCUCAAAGCCUAUGGAUCCAGCUCCUCCUCCAUGCCAGUUAAGAGGCAAAACUCUUAUUGAAUUCACUGGACGUUGAGGGGAUGCCACACCAGGCAGGAUUAGGCCCCAAAGCUAUUGACUUGAGCUACCUCACCUGAUCAUUUUUAUAAGAUUCUCUAUUUUCUAGUGUCUUUCCCAGCAGCUUAGCCCUGUGCUGCACUUCAUGGACUGCUACUGGGCCAGCCUCCAAAAGACCUUCCCUCUCCCAUGACACAGGGUCAAAGUCUAACUUGCUUUCUGCACCCUUGCAACACCACUGACUUCAGUGCACAAGAGGAAAGUUAGAAUUUGGCCCAGUGGCUCUAUCAAGGUGUAGCUAACAUGACAUAUUUUUUAAAAGCAAUAAAGGAAGUAAGAAACAAAUCUGAUUAAACCACAGUCCCAAGGUAUUGUGGGCUGACAGGGCUCUGUGGUCAGUGAAUGUGCUGGGCUUGUGGGUGAGGAUAAUCUGUGCUAAGAAGAGGUACACAGCGUGCUCAUCCCACUCCCUCAGCAUUCUUAGCGUGGUUCUGGAAAGCACCAUAUGACUAGCAUGGUUCUGUGCCUCUCCCCUCCCGAUGGGUGGAUAAGCAUCAGCUUUUACCUUUGCUGCUGUGAGGUGUUGUGUACAGUGGUAGCUCCAGCAGGGCUUGGGGAAGUUUGUUGAGGAUGGGGAAAGAUGAGAACUUUUGCGUGUUUUCCAAGACGCAGUAUGAAACCAGCAUUGGUAUUCUUUUUUUAAUCCAUGAGCGCUUGUGGUCUGAAACACCAGCCGGGCCCAGUACUCUCUCAGACUAGUUUCCCUAUCUAAAUCCACUGACUUCAGUGGAGUCGCUCCUGAUUUUCACCAGUCUAAUUGUGAGCUGAAUCAGGUGUCUCUUGCCAAAAUCUGAUGGCCAGUUAGGCCAAGUCCUGUGCUGUUGGAGUCAAUGGGAAUUUUGCUGCUGAUUUCAGAGACGCUACAGAUUUGGCUUUUCUUGAUUGGCAGUGUGACUGCACCGCUAAAGCCCACCUGCAGGAAAACACUUGUUUUCCCAGUCUAGAAGCAACCUAUUCUCAUUCGGGGUUGGUUAAGAAUUUUGAAUAAACUCACGAUACUGCUACCCUGUAGCAUGACUAUCUCUGCUGACGUACCCUAAAUGCAGUCAGCCUUGCCGACUAGUAAUGAGGUGUUUUUUUUCCUUGUCUGCCUUAAACUUUGUUCUUUUUUAUUCAUUCGGCCAUUUUGGCCUGUCCUCUGGCUGUGACAUCAGAGCAUCAGUUAUUACGCCAUUGAGAUGGAUAACAUUUCCAAACAUACGUAAUAAAUAGCUCAAAGCUCCUAUGCAAAAAAUACUGUUUGUGAUCAUUUUCAAAACCAUGAAUUAAGUCUUUUGAAAAGAGUUUUAAACAUUUGUGUACCUCUCCAUGCACCACAGAUGACAGGAUUAGGAAUAACUACCUUCUUUCCUCAUUUGUAGCACAACUGUGCACAGAAUGCAUCUGCCAUGACAAACUUGCUCAUUUAAACUGAUCAUGUGGUGCAGCUUGACUGUUGUGUUAUGAAAUACAUGGCUUCACUCAGGUGGACUGGCUAGGAUUAUAUGCUGUAUGUGGCAAUGUGCAAACAUCUAUGUAUAGUGCAUCAUGGAUAAAAACAGCCUUCAUAAAAACUUGUGGCUGAAGCUAAAUCCGAAGAGGGGGAAAUUAAAUGGACAAAUUAUUCUUUCACAGGAAACCUGUCUCAUUCUUUCUUAACACAUAAAGACAGACACACAUUUGCAAUUGGCACUGUUAUUUUAUUAGUACGAGUAUACUGAAACAAUAAACUUGUACUGGUAUACAGACAGUUUCUUUAAAACAAUUUUGUUCAAAUUUUGAAUCAAACAUUGUUUUAUUAUAAUAAUGAAAUAAUUUCUACCUAGAAAACCUGCAAGCACCAUCAAAGAAAGGGACCAUAAAAUUCAAUAAACAGACGCGAGUGUAUCCUACAAAUAGACACACCACCAUUAGAAAAUAGAAUAUGAAUUCUUCCAUUUUUUUAAUAUUUGUUUUAAAAAAGCUAGUGCAAGUACAAUAUUUUACACUGGAAUUACAGAGAGUAUGCACGCAUAUGGAAAAAAGUUCUCCUGUCACAAUAAAAGCUCUUAACUAUGUCUGUAUGCACUUAAAAUUUUCUCCUCUUUUCAUUAAGGUGCAAAACAUUAUUCCCUCCCUAUUUCUCCUUUGUACUGGCCAUGUCAGCUAGAUUUCUCCUCGAUACAAAGCUGCAUUUUCCCUUUUUCUGGGCCGACAUUAGGCACAACACUGGAAGUGUGAUUUGCAACAACCCUCUUCAUAAAUACCAAUCAAUGCACUCCUUAGAGAUGUACUGUAGAAUCACUAAACUUACCCGCAUGAGGACUUUCCUCAAAGACCAUGGCUAGUUGGCCAAUCCAAGCCUGCUGGCUGUGGAAAACUGUGACACUGCUACUACGAAAUUAUUUUCAAGAGCUAAUUUGAGUGGAAAAGGUAAGAAAUUCCCCUUUUUAAGCACUGCCAAGAGAACAGUGUUCACAAAGUUAAUAUUUAAGAAAGCCAAAGACAGAAAUACAUACAUUAGUGAAUGCUAGCGGUCUGCAAAAAGUUAUACCUGCUGCCUUAAUAAGAUUAGUAACUUUGCUAAGUAGCCAAAGGGCCAGACAGAAGACAAUAAUUUAACCACUUGCAUCCAGUUACAGCAAUCCAACAACUACCGACUACAACUGGAAAGAGCAAGAGUAUGUAUGUGGCUCUCUCACUAGAGCCAGAAUCUUCAGACUCUUUAUUUUUAAAGCAAACAUGAGGGGCCAGAUCUAGCUGGCUGCUGCUUUUUCAUAAAACCCAGUUGGACAGCUUUAACAGGUUCAGAAUGAGUGAGGAUUAAUGCAAACAACACUUCCAAUGCAUGCCUGCAGCAGGGUCAAGGGAAAGGGCACAGGAGCUUUGACCACUAAGAAUAGAAACAAACAAAUGAACAACAAAAAAAGCCAACCUUGGAUGAAGCCUCCAAUUAAUUCUCAGUGGAAGACUUGAGUCCUAUAAGAUAAUGAUGAGUAAAACUAUAGAAAUCUUAGACUGUUACUGCAUAACUAUUUAUUGGCUGAAUGUACUUCAUCCUAAUACAUUUGGGGCCAUUCUUUUGGGUGUCCAGGGGUCAUUCUAACUUGGUAAUUAUUUUCCCCCAUGUGACCAUUAGGUAUCAGAACUGAAGCUUGUGUUACAGGAUGUCAGGGGAGGGAGAGAAGGGUUCUGAAAGUUAACUGUUUAUCCCCGCUGUGUGUAGGCUUCCAGCUGUCCAACUGACCUUUGUCCAAGGAAAGGGCCCUUUCCUCGGAAAUUGCUACAGGAUUCUUUUAUUUUGGCUUCUGAAUGACACGGAUCUCUAAAUCAAAUGAGAAAGAACCAGUCCAAGACCAGAGCACCUCUGGAAAAGCUGAAAUUCACGUCUUUACCCCCUGUUUAAAUGAGGUGGGAAGGUGUGUGUACACAAAAGGCCAUGUCUCGUUUGAUAUUCCUCUUUUAUUUACUGGUAAGCUAGGAUCCCUUGUUAUAAACACUUCUUGUUCAAGUUAUAGUCUUUGGGUUGAUCCGAACAGGAAGUGCUGAAAAUGUAGUAUAUCGUCUCAGAGGGAGUAAAGAAGUUACAAUGGUUUCAGAAUCUAAACUACAAAAGAUGCUUUAAGAUAUAUUUUCGGCAUAGGAACAAACAGUGUGAAGCGUUCCCCCCCUUCCCCAGCAUUGGGAUUUAUGUGAUAUGAACAGAAAUUUGAACAUAAUUGUUCUUUAAGAGCCUUGUAAAUAAUAAUUCUUCCUGUCCAGAGCCAAUACAAAUCAGAUCAUCUAAACGUGACAGUUUCUAUAUACAAAAAACAUGUAACUUUCAACCUUUCUCUGCUUUUGUACUUUAAAAAAUUUUUUUUUUACAAACAAGGUAUGAAACACACUGUUUCAACAGAUCCAUCUCUUUUUCAAACACUGAAUGAAUCAUUCCAACAUUCAUUUUUCUUUUGUGCAAUUUUUUAAAACAUUACCUGUACUCCUCAAUGUGAGUGCUUCAAAAAGUUUUUUUGUAAGCAUCUCAAAUUAGGUUUACAUCAAAAAAUAUUUCCACAAGGUAUAGUGCUACAAGAAAAGAUCCUAUCAGUAAGGUAACACAUCUGAAGCGAGGUCGUCUAUGUAAAAGAAAUUAACUCUGGAGUAGAGGUGUGCAACUUGUUUGGAAUUUCCUUAACAACAGAAAAUACAACACUGUCCUUGGAAAGGCUAGGAAAUCAACUAGACAUAAGUCAUUUGCUUUUAUAUUAAUAUAUAUAUAUGUAUAUAAAUAAGUGUGUGUGCAUGCACACACAUGUAUAUACACCCUCCCCCCCUCUAUGUGUGGACUCUUAUUUUUUUUAUUUCAGGGUUUUGGGGAUUUAGAAAAAAACGCCAAGAAAAGAAAUACACUGACCACAAUGCUAAAUUUCCUUUGCUUUUCACAUCAACACUGGGUAGUUCCACAGACUGGACUCUGCUGUUAUGUGUUACUCUCUGAAGUCAUGCGAAAAGAAGAAGAUUAUUUAAAAGAGUGCAGGUUGAACUUUGUCAUUUCUGAGUAUAUUUCAUAAUAGAAGAGCCAACAGCAGGACAGAUUCUUAUCUCAGUUACACCCAAGCAAAUCUGCAUUAACGCCACUGAUCACUCCAAAUGCACAGCUGUUGUAACUAAGAUCAGAAUCUGGCUCCAGAUGAUCCAGCCACUACUUUCGGUAAACACUUGUACAGAACAUGUAAUUAAUAUUAAGCUAAUGUAUAGUCCCUCUGCCUUCAAUAGGCCUAAUCAGAUGCUUAAAGUUAAGCCUGUGCAUAAGGGUUUGCAAAACUGUGGCCUAGUGCCAAUGGCAUUAAGAACCCUAGUGAAUGCUAGUGAAAUAACACUAUUAGUGUUUUAAACAUAGUUAAGAUUUCUUCUCCCUGAAGCAUUUUUUCCAUUUUUAAUAGUCACCUGUUUAACAGGAUUUCAUCAUUUCCUUUUUUAAUAUCGACAAUAUAUUUAGGUAAAAUCAGUCCCUGUACAAUGAAUAAGUUUCAUGGUAACCAACAGCUAUGGUUCACUUUGAAUCUGCUGCUUUGUAUUGCAAUCUAUGUGAUAUCUACAAAGUUAAUCCAUGAGAUGCAGGAAAUCCAAACUUGUCCUUGAAAUUGUACAUCCCUACUCCAGAGCAGUAAAAGUGCUGCUUCUGGUCACAUCAGUGUACCACACGUACGCCAGCCCCAUCCCUGAGUAAGAGGUGUGAAAGGUUUCUAAAUGUUCCUUGCUUUAGGGAAACAAGAACAGUGAUGUCACUUCCUGGUGCUGAACAAAUAACAGAACAAUGGUUUAACGAAGUGACGACAGGGUUAAAAAGCAGAAUUUCCCCACCCCACCCAAACAUAUAUUAAAAAAAACAAACAAAAAAACCCCAAAGCAACCAUGUACAAAAUCAUUAAAUAGUUCAAACAAAAAUCCAAUUAGGGUUUCAUCUAAAGGACAUGAGGUAAGUGACAUCAAACUCCAAAUUCCCCAUGAUGUGGCCCAGACAAACUGAAACGAUGCCUAAGUUAAACACUAUAAGGAACAGUCAUUAGAUAGAGAGAUAUUGGUUUUUUAGAAAUCCCUAUAAAGAGGUUCUUGUUUAUUUUCUUCUUUUGCCCUGACUAAAUUUCUUAGUGAUUGUAUGCAUUUCAUUGUAAACUAAACAGGUCUGGUACAUUAAAAAAAAAGACUUGUCAGUUAAUAUUGCAAAGUGGACACUGUACAGAGGCACAUGACUAAUCCUUUUACACCAAACUCAGCUAAAUAUUUCUAUGCCUGUGAUUGUUAUUUUCAUCGUGCACCUCAAGCCCAAUUUUGGUCUAUAUUUAAAAAUUAAUUGAGCUAGUGAUGUUGCUCAGGGCCAUGAAAAAUUCCUGAAUGCUAGUUAGGUCGAUCUAACCCCCAGUGUAGAUGUGGCUAGAAUUCUUCCACUGAUUUGGCCACCACAUGCCAGAAAGUGGAUUCACUACACUAACAGAAACCCCCUUUCCAUCCCUGUAGGAUGUGUGUACACUAUGGUGUGGCACAGCUUGCUAAUCUGUAGCUAUGCUGAGGCAGUGCAGACAAUACCUUUACUCCUUUGAGUGAUCAAUGGGGCAACUCGCCACACUGGAUUAAGGAUUUACUCAUGUGAAUAAGGGCUGUGGGCCUGUCAGUUCACUGCAACUGCAGCCAAACUCCAGAUGUCAGCAGGCAAACCAGAUUCAGCCAACUGAAAGUAGACACCACUUUCUGUCCAUUUAGGGGUGAAAUCCACUCCUCUACAGAGAGGCAGUACCAAGUUACUGCACCAGUUUGGGAUAUUAGUGGUGUAUAGGCUUUGUGCUGGCUUUUUGCACAGGGGUGAAUUUCCCCCACAUUGCACAUCAAACAGAUGGUAACAUUCAUAUACAUGUGCAAAUAUAAUAUACAUAUGUCACAUACUUUACAUAUAUAUAUAAAGUAACAGUUACAGGCAUAGAUUGAAGAGAAAAAUGACACUGAUGAUGCUGUAGAAGGCUGCUUUCGCUCAUGUACGAGACAAUGUUAUUUACUCAUGACUGAACUGUUUGCAAUUUACAGGUCCCUCACAUUCACAAAAUUCUUACCCUCUCUCUCCCUUAAAAAUCUCGGUGUGGGUCACCAUCCACUAAGCCUUUUUCUGGAUCUUCCUCUUUAUAUUGUAGAGGCCAGGGACGUACAUUUGAAAGAAUAAGGACCAUCCAGUGCCACCCAGCCAUUUGUGCCCUACCUGCUAAUGGCAUACAAAUUCUGCGUCUCCAAUCAAGGGAGGUAUAAGGCCCAAAACACUUUUUUUUGGAGGGGGGGGAGGGAGGAGGGGGAUAGAGAAAACAGUGAAGGAAAACAAACAAGGUAAAAGUGGAAGAGGGGGUGAGAUCUAGCUACCACCACGUGGGUGGGUCUAAGUUGGCACAUAAAGUAUUGCACAUCCUAAAAAAGCAAAAGCACAAAAAAAGGGACAAUUGCAUGGAUGGAACCAAUUAUUUCAGAAUUCCUAAAUCUGAAAUACAAACACAGAACUAAUACAUUCCUAUUGCUCCAAACUUUUUUUUAUUUGUUUAUUGUUAGUGUUAGUAGAAUAGAUCCAGUCAGUUUAAGAGUCCCUGCUUCUUUAUUAGCCAAAAAAAGAUGCAUGUGUGGUUUUAUUUCAGAUUUUCUGAGUAUAUGUAUUAUGAAUAUAGUGGUAGUAACAUGAACUAAAAUCUAAUUCUGCCCCACAUCUUUCUAUUCCUCUUACCAUCAAAGGUUAAAACAUAACAAAAACAAAACAAAACAAAACAACAAUAAAUUGCAAGUGCCCUGAGCGGAGUAUAUGGAAGAUUAAGCAAGUUCUCUGAGCAGAAUCGUUAAAAAAAAAA